CUAUCUUGCAUUUGAUAUCAUUUAUUAAUACGUUAUAGAUCUUUGACUUUGACAGUUUGACUGGAAUACUGGAUUCAAAACAAAAUAUAUUAAAUAAUAAAUAUGUCGAAAGAAAAUGACGUUGUGGAUCAUCUAUGUGAUAAACAAAUUAAUUGCAUAAAUGAAGAUGAACCUUGCAAAAAGUCACUUUUAGAUACUUCAAAUUCUUCUGAAAAUAUAAACUGUGCUAAUAAAUUAAAUUCGACUAAUGCUGAUGAAAAGAAUAAUUUUAAAACAUCAACUAUGUUAACCAGUACAGAUGACAACAAAUUAAUUGGAAUUAAUAAUGAUCAUGACUCAAAUCAAUUAAAUAAAGAAGAGUGUAAAUUUAUGAUAGAAAAAAUAAAGUUUAAUGAAGCUGAUUUGAAUAGUCAAGAUGCAAAUGUAUUAGAAGAAUUAUUGAAAAAAAACGGACAUAAUUUAUGUACAAAUUCACAAGGAUUAGAUAUAAAUACCCAACAAUUUAUGGAAUUAAAUUAUUGCAAAGCUGUCCAACGGCUACAUGCAUUUUCACCAAAAUUAAAUUUAGAUAGUCCUGAGACAUUCACUAUUAAACAAAUAGAUUUAGACAAUUCAAUUGUAAUUUCAACACCUCCUUUGAUUAAUGAAUUGAGAAAUUCGGAAAUAAAAGACAAGAAUUCAAUUAUCAUUAAUGACUCAAAGAAAUCAGAAAAGUUUAAUCAUCAUUCUCCUAAAAUUAUUGAUUUAGAAUUGCCUAUUCAAGAUCAAUAUGCUGAAUUUCCAGUUGAAGACCAAGAUGCAGAAAUAAUUGCAUUUCGAGGUAUGUGUGAGGCAAUGUUAAGAAUUGGAUCUAUUGAUAACAAUACAAUUGAUGAUAAUAAGAUAAUUGUGAAAAAAAAUAAUGAAAUGAACAACCUUAAUGUUAAACAAAUAAACCAUAAUGUAAAUUGUUUAAACAGUAUGGAAUAUGAACCAAGUACAUCUAAAUUAGAUGUUGGUGUUAAUGAUUAUUCAAAACAUUUAAAACGAAAAAAACAUCAAAUUAAUAAUUUAAGGUUUGAUUCAUCUGACGAUAGUUCAUCUGAAUAUUCAUCAUCACAACAAUAUUUCAAAAGCAAAAAAUCAAAAUGUACUUUUUUUUAUAAUAGUUUAAAAAUUAAUUCUAAACAUUAUUCAGUUACAAAUAAUCGAAUUGUGAUUCAACCAAAAAAUGCAAAAAAAAUCAAAUUAUCUGAUAUAAAAUGUCAAGAUAAAGAGAUUGAUUGUAUGUUAAUUGAAAAUCCAUUACCAAAAGUUCAAAAUUUGAAAAUAAAUAAUUUGAAACGCAAAAAGAUUAAUGAUAAUUCAUUGGAACAAAACAAAUUAUUAAAAGAAAAUCAGACGAUAUUUUAUUUUUCAUCAACUGGAAAAGUACACAAUGAUAUGUUAAAUUAUAUCGAGAAUAAAAAAAGUCAAUCAAUGUAAUAAUUUAUGUAUAUUAUUUAGAACUAAUGAAAAUUUAAUUUAAAAAUUGUUUGUAUCAAUUUUAUUUAUAUAAUAUUUUAAUAUUACGUUAUAUUAUUUUUAUUUGACGAUUUUAUUUUGGCUGAAUUAUUUAUACAAAUACAAUUAAAAUUCAUUAAUA